AUGACAAUGGACCAGCACUGUCUUCCCCCCACAGAUCCGAAUGCAGCUUACCUUUAUUGCGCUUCCUUCACUGCCGCAAUAGCAUUUACUGUUCUCUAUGGUCUGACCACUAUUGUACAUUUCGGCGAAGCCAUCGCCUACCGCAAGCGUUUCUGCUGGGUAAUCAUCAUGGGCAGCGUAUGGGAGCUGGUGGGGCUCAUAUUCCGCACUCUUACCACUAUGAACCAAAGUCAAACAACUUUCGUCAGCAUCUCGGCUCCAUUCAUUCUCCUUGCACCAAUCUGGAUCAACGCGUUUGUGUACAUGUGUUUGGGGCGAAUGAUGCACUACUUCCUACCCGGCGAAAGGAUUUUUGGCAUCAAAGCGGAGACAAUAGCUGUCAUCUUCAUAUGGGGUGAUAUCACGUCAUUCCUCGUUCAAGCUGGUGGUGGCCUUCCAGCUGACAGUGCAACUGAUCCAAAUGUCAUCCGCAUCUGUUUAUUGGUGUACACCGGUGGUGUGGCAUUGCAACAAUUGUUUAUCCUUUUCUUCUUCGCCAUCGCCAUUCGCUUCCACAUGCGACUGUCACUUCUUAAACGUGCACGCGGCAUGAAGGGCUUCGAAACAGUGCUGAUGUGGACGUUGUACGUGGUGUUGGUGCUCAUCACUAUUCGUAUCAUCUACCGGAUCCUUGAGUUCUCUAUGGGCUACAUCAACUAUGUGACUACGCACGAAGUGUUCUACUUCGUGUUCGACGCCCUGCCCAUGUUUCUCGCUUUAGUGAUAUUCAACAUUUGGCACCCAGCCAAGAUACUCGUUGGUGAAGAUAGCGAUUUCGGAAACGGGUGCUCGGGAUCCAACCUUCUGCUAGCUCCACGAAAUAGAAAAUCGCAACAUCCGGGAACGUACCUACCAUAUUUCCUUCUUCCCAUAGCCUUUCUAUAUAUAGGAGACAUGGUCUCGUCUUCCAGCCAGUAG